AUGGCGAAGACCAAGCUGACUCAAGUCAAGAAGAAGCUGGAGCUAGCAGCCAAGGCAAAGGCCGUUGCUAAGCCAGCUUUAAAAGAGCCGGUGGUGCCUCCACCGGUUAGGGUGACCGGCAAAUCGGCUGAUCCCACCUCAAGCGCAAGGGAUAGUGAAAAGAAACCUUCCAUGUCUAGGAAGGCACCUUCUCAGCAGCCAGCUGCACCUGAGACCCUUGAGACCCCUGAGAACCCUGAGACGCUUGAGACCCGCAAGGCAAUGGAAUUGCCACCUUUUGACAUUACUUGGGACAACUUGCACAAGGUGAUGGAGUGGUUCGACAUGAAGGAGCACGAUGCUGUUUCGGUUUUGCUCCAGGUUGUUGGACCUGAUCCUCGAGGUGCACAAUUCUGGGACACCUACAAGCAGCGUGUGAAGAAAGAGACGAAUGAUGUUGCUUUGGCCCCAAAGGAUGAAGCAGCCGCCGAAUCCGAGCCGAAGCGUCGUCGCUUGAGGCCAGUCCCUGAGCCUGACAAUCAGCUGGGUGACCCCGAUCUUUACCCGGAUGUUGAGAGUGGAAAUCCGGCCGUGGUGCCUGAUCAGGAGAUGGAGAUUGAUGACACGCAGCUUGAUGGCGAGCCAUGGGAGGAAGGAGAGGAGGAGGAUGAGCGAGAAGAAGACGAAGAAGUCGAGGUUGCAGCAACAAGCCAUGGUGGAGAUGAUCAGGACUCACCCAGUGGAGGUGCCACUACUGUGGCUGGUGAUCAUGACGAGACCCAGCAGGUUUGCAGCCCCAUGCCGCUGGAGCCGGUCGAGCCAGUGAUGGUUCCAGCUGUGGAGAACAAAGACGCCCAGGAUGCCAAGGAGGCUUUGGAAGCAGCACUUCGAAGCUCUCCAACGCCAUCGCGUCGUCGAGUCAUUGCCCAGGAUGUCCAACGGAUUGAUGGUCCUGGUGAUUCUACAUCCCCUGCAGCACCAGGCUCCAACCUGAGGUCGUGCUCGACAUUGGUGCUUGGCCAGCAGCGACUCUCGAAGCAGGCAUCCCGCAUCGACAAGGGCCCUGCUGACCCAAAUGAUGCUGACUUGUAUGAUGAGUUGGGGCCCUCUGCUUCACAGCUGGUGGAAGAAGGAGUCCUGGUGGACCUUGUGAAAUCGCUGAGCCAUCUUCAGGCUGCGAUGGAUGAUCCGAAGACCCGACAAGUCUUGGAAUCUCUGGCCCCCCGCUUGUUCCCUUCCUCGGAGAAGGAUGCUGCGCACCGUGGGUAUCCAUCUUCUUCCAAGCCAGCGGGAGCUCCCGUGUCAGAGCCCGCUCCGAAGUCGGCAGCCGCACUUGCUUUACCAAAGUCAGCUUCGAACCUGGGAGCUGCAGCGGGGCCUUCUCCAGCUGCAGGGGCCAAGCCUGCAGAAGCUGAGAGUGUUGGACCAGAUCAGCGUGUUCAAGCUGUGGUGGACAAGCUCAAGGCUGGCAAGCCGGUGCCAGCAAAGGGGUUCCAGCAGGAUCCUCCGGAUGAAGUUGAAUUCACCAGCGCCUCCCAUCGCGCGAGUUACGCGCGUUUGGCCAGGAGGAUGGAGAAAUUGGACGUUUCGUCGUUUCCCCAGAUGCAUCGUCUUUGGGCAGGCAGCAGGAAGGACAAGCAGGAGCUCUUGAAGCAAUUUGUCCUCACAGGCGAAAACUUGGAGAAGAUCGAGACCGUCUUGACGGUGAGCAAGGAACAGGAUGCCUCGGUGGAAACGAAGAAGGAACUGCUGACAAUCGCAGAAAUGAAAACUCGCGGUUUCAGCGAGUGCAAAAUCCAAGCCAUCAUUUCUCGCAACACACCAGUCCCCGACCCUGACGCACCUGAGUGUGCACAGAGUGUUCGCUUUUGGUGCACCAGUGGAGGGCAAGCUACAGAGCGCGAGCGUACACGAGUCUCAGCCCAAGCUAGAGCCAAUGUGGCCACCACGGCCGAAGGUUUGACUUCCCUUCUGGGCACCACCGAUGUUGGCCCGAUGCUUGGCGCCGGAGCAGAGGGUGGUACGGUUGGCAACCGUCCCACGCUGAAGGCGUUGGUGGAUGUGGCUAACUCCCAGGAGGCGAGUCACCAGCAGCUUCCCAAAGCCAAGUCGAAGGCCAAGGCAAAGGCAAAGGCUUCAGUGAACUUGCAAGUUCCAAAGACGCCUGCUGAGCAGCGCCAGCAGAUCCGCAACCAGCUCAAGGGUGAACUGUCGAAGUGCUCUGUGGGAACGGAUCUCCCACAAGGGCAUGCACUGCGAAAGCAGCUCGAUUCCGCGAAGGCGAAAUUGGAAGAUCUUUUGGAAGAGUUUCUUGUCCACUUGGUGCGCCCUUUCUCUUUAACAAUCUUUGAUCCUGGCUCCAUUUUAGGGAAUGCCUCAAUUAUAUAA